GACGCUCCGAAGGAGGUCUUUGGAAGGUUCGCAUCGAUGCCGAUGAAGCGGAGAUCUGCGGUGUUUUCCAGGAGUGGUUGGAUGCCUCUGACAAUGGCCGCGCUCGCUACUGUGUCAGCUCUGUCGCUGAAGAGCAGAAAACCGUCCAGGUCACAUACGAGGAGGGCAUGACAGUGGGCAGCGAGAUCGCUGGAUUCAGGUUCGACGUGUCAGAUCCGCUGGCACCCUUCACUGUCACCGGCUUCUCCAAGAAGGGCCCGGCCCAGAUCGCCGGCGUCAUGGUUGGCUGGUUCUUGGACGUGGGGGCGCUACUUCGCGAGGAGCAGUUUAUCAGCCUCGAGGGUGAGGACUUCGGCCCGCUGCCGACGACCCUGGCGGAUGUCGCCCAGAACAUGGAGGCCACGGGCUUGAACUGCAAGAAGCCCUGGCCAAGAGACAUCGCCCUGCUGGAGCAACACCACUCCAAGCCGAAGUACAAGGUCCAUCGGCAGAUGGGUAAGAAGUCAUGGACGUACUGGAACGGAGGCUUCAAAAGCCGCCGUGGUGGCGAAUGGCAGCAGCCUUCCUCUUCUGGCAAAUGGGAGCAGGAAUAUGGCUGGGACGACCAGGGCUACCCCUCCUACACCCGAUCGACCGGCAGUGGUCAACCGAGAAUGCCUCCACAGGAGAAGCCCAAGGAGAAAUCCGAGGCAGCGGGUCUGGUUCAGGCCAUUCAGCGAAUGGUGACCACGGCGAGGAAGGCGGAGGUCAAGGCCCGCAAAUUGUGCGAGGAGAAGGAGCAGAUCGAAGAGAACUGGAAGGCUUUCCAGGCGGACAUGAAGAAGAAGUUCGUCCGUGCCCACGAGCUCUAUGUGAAGGACACGGAGCGCAUCGACCUGGCCAUCAGCGACGGACAAGCUGCCCAGGCAAGUGCCUUCCAGGAGCUCCAGGAAGCGAUGGCCCACCCGGAGCGACUGACCGUUCCGAGUGUUGCCCCGGCUCCCCAAGAGGCGAACAAGGCAUGGGAUGCCCUACUGGGAGACAUCGAGGACAGCGACGAGGAAAUGGCGAAUACGGUGGUGGCCCAUGUCCAGGAGAAGCUUCGCAAGGUGAUGGCGACUACGCCGCCGCGACAACGACCUCGCGUUGCUCCCCUGACCCCGCUCCAGACGGAGAAAGCGCCGAAGAGGGCGACGUCGACACCAUUGGUGGACGCGAUGGUGGGAAAUCACAGCCCUCCUGGUUUCGGGGAGAGUCCCCUUGGAACACCGGUGCUGAACGACCCCUACCAGACCUCGCCGACAACGAGACUCGCUAUGCCCUCGCCGCCUACGACCCGCACAAGAUCCAGGUCGAUUACCAGAAGGACCCCAAUCAAGGAGAAGGGCAGGGAGCCCUCGCGACAGCGACCGUCAGGAGGACUGAGUGGCAAGCUCGAAGCUGCCAGGCAUGCAGCUGUCAAUUUGAUCGAGGACGACGAGGACGAACCGCCUACGCCUGCUCUGGAAAAGUCAAGGACCGAGGGCGAGCAGGAGGAGACGAAUUGA